AUGGCUGUUGAUCAAAACCCCUCCAUGGCGCCGCCCGAUGAAAAUAUAAUCCUUGAUGUGAUCAUUAUUGGAGCUGGUCCGGCUGGGCUAGCAGUUGCUUCACGGCUCAAUGAGGAAACACCGUCAGCUAUGUUCACCGAUGAAGAGCAUGAACGAUACCACUGGAUCAAAAAGCAUGCUGGACGAAUGGCACUCGUGCAGGCACAUAAUCGUAAAAUGAAGGGAGUCAAAGCCGCCAAAUACACUGGAGUUCCACUUAGCCAUAAUGGUGCUACGUUUUCGCCAACAAAGGAGCCGCUGUACUCAACUCUUGUUUUGGAUGCUUCGGGGGACCGGUGGUUGUCUAAGUGGAGAAGAUAUUUCAAGAUGCUGGAGAUACAGCAGUUGAGGAGCCCAAUGUUUUUUCACGUCGACCCUGGAGAUCGUGAUGGGAUGAUUGCCUACGCAGGGGAAACUGGGAGGGAGAAAGAGCUUUGGGAGCUCCAUAAUUGUGUUGGGCAGGAAUUGAGCAAACACAAGAAGAAGAAAAGAUCCAAUGCACGCAUCACAGGAGAGCCUGAGAUUGACGAGCGAGACCGCAAAGACUAUUAUUCGCCGGGAACAGAUUUCUUCCUUGAUUAUUGUGAUUCUAUCGCCUCUCGAUACGGAUUGGAUAAGCCCGGGCACAUCUUGCAACGAGAGGUCGACUGCAUCAAGUUCGACUAUAUCACUGAAUUUCCCGAAACUGAUAAAUUCUUUACCGUGACAACCAAGGAAGGAAACACCUUUCAUUCCCGUGUCGUCGUCCUGGCCGUCGGUACAGGCGAGGAAAAGAAUUACCCAUGGAAGCUCUCGCCAGAAGAAAGGAUGGGAUCCACUCAUAUCUUUGAUAUCAAAACUCUUCCGAGUCCAAACGUCAAGGAAAUGAUAAAUAACCGCAGAGAGACCAAUGUCCUGGUUAUCGGUGGUGGGCUGACGUCUGCCCAGAUAUCCGAUGUUGUGAUCAGGAAAGGCGUGACGAAAGUCUGGCUUCUCAUGCGGAGUGACCUGAAGAUCAAGCAUUUCGAUGUUGGUCUGCAUUGGGUGGGCAAAUUCAGAAAUUAUGAGAAGGCUGUUUUCUGGACAGCUGAUGACGACGGAGAACGGCUUGAGAUGAUCAACGAAGCUCGAAACGGCGGCAGUAUCAACCCCCGAUAUCACAAGGUCGUUAAGAAGCACAUAGCUAGCGGUCGACUGUCGCUUCACACUCGCACGGUGGUCAGCACCAAAAAAUAUGAUCCGGUGUCUAAAACGUGGCGCAUUACCACAGACCCUCCAAUAUCGAAUCUUCCCGCUAUUGACUAUAUCUACUUCGCAACAGGAGUCAGAUCAAAUGUGAAAGAGAUCCCUAUGUUGAAGCACAUCAAUGAGGACUAUCCAAUUGAAGACAAGGGAGGACUGCCUUGCAUCACCAAUGACCUGAUGUGGAAGGAUGACAUUCCCCUCUUCUGUACGGGUCGAUUGGCCGCGCUACGGCUGGGGCCAGCUGGCCAAAACCUUGAAGGCGCCAGGAGCGGAGCAGAACGUAUAGCAUGGGGGAUAGACGAGGUUCUGGGGAAGCGGAGUGAUGAUAGCGGUGAGCCUUCCCGGUUUUCCUUUGCUGGGUUGGGCAAUCGAUAUACCUGUCUCGCGAAUUCGGAAUGA